CUUGUAGAAGAACGAAUAGCUUCCAGAGAAAAACAAAGUCUAGCCUCAGAGAAGCGCAUCUUUGAAGCAAAGCCAAAACAAGUAUCUCAAGUUGACUCUAAUACUGAAGCGAUUAGACAAUUUAUAGAGAUUAUGAAGCGAGCUAAAAAGACUUUAGCUAAAAAGCCUGGUCCUGGUAAAGAAAAAGUAGACAAGAUUCAUAUAGAUCGAUUCUUAGAUGACCUUGUAAAAGAUGAUACUGAUCCUGAUUCUAAUA